AUGGAGCAAGAUCCUUUAACAUAGUUACUGCAUCUCUUAAAAUAGAAAUUAGUAAUAACUGAGAAAUAAUUCUGGGAAUUGAGUAAUGAGGAAGGUCAUUCAGCAGAAUAAGAAAUAACAAUAGCGAAAGAAUUGAUGAUAUAAGAAAGACAUAUUAAAUUGAUUGAAUAAACUAUAAAGUAAAUAAAUAAAAUAAUCUUAGUUUAAAAAACUAAGAUAAGACAUUACAAUUUGCAUUUCCAAUGAAAUAUGCUAUGAAUUUAAUAUAAAAUCCUAAUAUUAUUGAAGAAUAUAAAGACUUUAAUAUAAUUGAUGUUUCAGAAGAAUUUGAAAAGAUUGUAAUGAUCUAUGUAAUUAUUAAUUUAGAAUGUUAAUACCAUUACAGAAGAAUAGGUUAAAGGUUAUUUGAUUAUGAAAUUUGAUGAUACAGCUAGUUAAAAGAGUGAUGCUUGGGAAGAUGAUUUAGGAGAAGUAGUUGAAGUUGAUAAUCAAGAAUUAGAAGCUCUUGAAAAAGAAGUGGAUUAAUAAGAGGAAAAAAUUAUUGAAGAAGAAGAAUAAAUUAUUAAAUAAUAACCUGAAUUAAUAGAAUAAAUUGAAGAAAAUCAUAUUGAUCCUACUUGGAAAAUUGAUGAACCAAAGGCAUAAUUAAAAAUACAUAAUAAAGUUAUUUGCACUUUUGCAUAGAAUCCUGUUUCUAAAGAUAUUAUUGCAACAGGUUCUGAAGAUGAUUAAUUUAAACUUAUUAAACUUAGUACUUAAAAAGUUAUUUUUGAAAUAAAAUAUGAUGAAACUGUUGGUUUAGUUGAUUUUAGUUAUGAUGGUAAAUAUGUUGCUGCUGGCAUACUAACAGGAAAGAUUUAUGUUUAUUUAUUAAGUGAUAUGAGUUAAAAAGUGCUUGAUGGUAGUCAAACUGAACCAAGUGUAUUGAAAUGGCAUCCAAAAGGAAAUGUUUUAUUAGCAGGAUUUUAAGAUUCAACAUUAUGGAUGUGGAAUGGAGUUAAUGGUGAAGUAAUGAGUGUAUUUGCUGGUCAUGAAGCAGAAAUUACUUGUGGUGGUUUUACUCUCGAUGGAAAAUUAGUUUUAAGUGGUUCUGCUGAUCAAUCUUUUAGAAUUUGGAAACCAAAUACUUCUGAAUAAAUUGUUAAAAUUAGUUCAAUUGCACAUAAACACAAUUAUCAUAAAGAUGAUGUUGUAUGCUUUGUAUAACAUCAUAAAUAACCUAUCAUUUCCACUGGUAGUAGUGAUUCAACUAUUGCAUUUAUCAAUUUUGAAGAUGGAAAAGUAUUUUUUAUUUAAUAAUUAGGUUAUUGGUAAAACUGAACCUUUAGGAGACAGUAUUGUUGAAUUAUGUUUUAUAGGUACUAAUUAACCUAUUAUUGUUGCUGGGGAUCUUUCAGGUUAAAUUUAUAUUUAUAAUUGGAAUUCAAUGAAAUUAAUUGAAAAAUUAUGCUUAUGCAAAGUAUUUAUAUUAUUCUAUAUUAGAAUGCAAUCACUAAAAUUCUAUUUUAUAACUAAUAAUUCCAUAUAUCUAGUUUAGAUGGGAAAAUUGUAACAUUUGAUGUAAGAUAAAUGCACAAUUACAGAGUUCUUUAAACUAAAUCAGGAAUAUACGAAAUGAUAGUUGAAGAAGGAUGGAUUUUAGUUGGAUGUGAAAAUGGCUUUGUAUAUGUAUAUUGA